AUGAAAAAAGCAAACAGGGAAGACGUUGGUUCCAACCCCAUGGACAGGAUAUCCGAGUUGCCGAAACACAUCUUGCAGAGAAUACUUUAUUUCCUCUCCCAAAAAGAUGCUGUUCGAACAUCUGUCUUGUCGAAAUCAUGGCGUAAUAUUUGGUGUACUCGUCCCAAUCUUGAUUUGUCAGACAUCAACUUCAAGAAAUUCAAACAGGAGUUUCUAUCCACCGUGGAAAAGAAUUUACAACGAUACUGUGAUCGAAGGAUGUGCUUAGAGGAAUUUGGCCUCCGUAUGUUUCUAGGCAAUCACGAAUCUGUUUCGCUUCUCGAAAAAUGGAUCCCAUCUCUAAAAAAUAUGGGUGUGAAGGAGUUUCGACUUUCUAUUUAUUGGAAAUACAGUCGUCAACUGCCGUCUGUAGUCUUUGAGGCGGAAUCACUCCAAGAUUUGCAUGUGGAAGGAUUCAUGUUGGACCAAACAACUAUUGGAAGGAAUGUUCUCUCUAAGCAUCUGAAAAAUCUUCAUCUCGAAAAGGUCGAUAUUGAGGACGGGGUUUUUCAGAAGAUAAUCUCAAGUUGUCCUUUGAUUGAAACUUUAUCUCUCGAAUCAUGCGAGAGGUUAAGAAACAUCAAGGUGAACACUCUUCUUCGUCUCAAGAAAUUUUACUUUGAAUCUGCGCCACACGAAAAAUGUAGCAUCGAAAUCCAUCCCGCGUCUCUUGAAACCAUCAAAAUUGAGUUUGCGGAUGUUUCGUUUCCCAAAGGCAUAGUUCAAGAAAACCUUGUUCAGUUGGUACAAGCUAUUAAAGAUGAAAAUAAACCUACUGUUGUGUUGAAGAAGUUGAUAAUACGAGAUGAUUUACCUUACUUUUCACCUCAGUUGAAUGGGUUGUUUUGCAUUUGUCGUCCAAGAACCAUCGGUAUUGUCAACUACACAAACUCCGAGUCUGUGUUGAAGAAUCUAAUGCAGGGAGAAGGUGGAAACCAAGACAAAUUAAGACAACUGUGGCUGCCAUAUUUGGAGGAAGUAAGCUUGGAGAUUUACGACUGGAAUGAAGAUGAAUGGGAUCCGACAAGUUUGUCAGAUUUGCCUAAAUACGAGGAAGGGAAAUGUAUCUCUAAUACUCGCUUUGCAUUGAAAUGGAGACAAAAUUUGUGA